AUGGCUCUAGUAAAAAAACCCAAGGUCGGGACCAAAUGCGCCACUGGUUCCGAAGCAAAGAAUACGAUUGCUCGCCGCAGGAACUCAGCCGCAAAGGUGGCUGUUGGACGCCCUACUUCUAGAUUGCCCCAAAAACUCCCCGCCAAAAGCAGCGAAGAUGACGGUGUCGAGGACGGUGAACCUUCUUAUGAGCCAAGCGAUGAUGAGAUCGAUGGCGAUAGCACUGAAGGAAACUCCCCUUCCAGCACACAACGUAGGAAGGGUGCAGUGAAGCCUGCCAAAAAGAUGAUCUAUAAGAAACACCUCAGAAGAGACGCAAUAAAAUUCACGACUAGCCAAGCUAUGGUCGAUGCAGAGGAGGAAUUCGAUCCUCGCGCUGCUGCGUACCGAGGAAAGGCGACCCAGAGUGGCGGAAACGGACGUAGGAAAGGUCGGAGGCUCAUUCGCUGGACCGGUAAGACUCGCGCCCGAACAAUGCAAGUGUAUCCGAAGCUAACACGCCUCGAACUAGCCCAAGCGGACCAGCUGUUGUUGCUUUGUCUCCACCACGAAUUGGCCCGGAACAAGGAAGAGCUUCCGUAUGAGGCUAUUGCUCAACGCAUGUUCCCGGAAAAAAAUGCCACAGGUGGCGCUAUCAAGGAGCGAUUCGCGAAGCUUCGCAUCGAGUGCUUGAAUAGGGGUUCGUGGGUGCCACCUAUUCUUGGCAAGACCCCACAGAACACUCGACCAGACGUCCGAGGCGUUGUUCGUCUCGCCCCGGGAAUUGACAAGGGCCGAUUCGUUCUUUGGAAAGAGGAUGCAUCCAAACUCAUAGACCCCAAGGAUAUCAACAAGGGCCACGUCGAUGCUCAAAAUAAGGGCCUUCAAUACCCCGAACGUCUGUGGAUCAGCCCGGGCGCAGAGAAGGAGUACCUGAAAUCAACGCAUGCCCAUAAAGCGUUGAAUCUUUCUCCCAUUUCUGGUCCAGUCCCAAUGGAUGAUGAUGAGUUGCUCUCAGACGAGGAUGAGGAGGAAGAGAUGGAGGCAGUAUCAGAUGAUGGUGCUGUCGUACCCUGCACACCGAAAAAGCGUAAGGCUACCGUCAUCACUGACUCUUCAAAAAAAAAGCCCAGGCCAGUUGCUCGUCCAAGUCCAAAGAAGAUUUCCGCCAAGGGGAGGGCGACGCAGGCCGAUGACACUGACUAUGAGGGCACCACAGCUGGCGCAGGUAGCAGCAAGCGUGUACCAAAGAAGGAGCCUGGUGCUGGUCGAUACAGGAGCCCUAGAGGUAGACCCAAGAGCUGUGAUAGGACACCGCCUGACGAAGAUUCGGAUUCCAGCGCUACCAAAACGGCCGAGUCCAAUGAGAGCAAGGACGACGAGAGUCCCACCAGCAAUCGACUGAUGAUGAUGGCAUUUGACAAAGACGAGGAGGUUAGACCCCUCAGGUCCAUUGUUAUUGUCCGUGGGUUUACUCCUGGUGCUCUCAGCAAGUUUCCGCCUGGCAUCCAGGGCCCUGGGGACGAUGAUUAUGCUGACGACGAGGUCGCUGAGGGUCCUGCCGUCCCAUGCCAUGGAAGCGAAUACGUUGUCAAUGCAGAUGAUGCAGAUGAUAAAGCCGCCGUCCUUUUUGAAGACAACCCAGAUAUCCAAUUUGAUGAUGGCGUAGACGGAGUCGGACAAGAUGGCUCGAUGGAUGAGCAACACUUCAACCUGCAGGAUCUUCUUGGUGCCAUAAACCGGAACACCGACAAUAACGGACAAUUGAUCAAUAAAGAUCUCUGGGAGAUCCAUCUGGAGCAAAUGAAUGCACUCAAGGGAGCUGGGAUGAUGCAAAAUCUAUCCCCUGCACAGUUACACUAUCAGACUCAGAUGUCUCAAUACGGACAGACCCAAGCACCAAACCAGCUCACUUCCAAUGGCUUUGGCUCUUUCUCGGGCUUUGGAGGCCCUCAAGUCAGCUUUGGUGAUUCCCCUCAAGUCGGCUUUGGUGAUUCUCAAAUCCGCUUUGGUGACUUCGAUUUCCAACCAGUGCACUCAGAUGGAACUCAGGGAAAGGCCGCGUACUACAAUACCAAGAACUUCAUUGAAAACGGCUUGAUCGAUACAGCUCAGUAUGAAAAGAUGAAAGGAAUGAAAUCUAACUCAAGUGGAAAUAUCAAUCCAGACCCUGUUCCAGCAGGAUUUUCGGGGUUAGACGCCACCUUAGCGCCAGCGCCAGAUGAUGAGUUCUUCUCAUUUGACUACGCCAGAAGUGGAGAUGCCUCCUUGGAUGGCGGCUUUGGGCCCUUGGAUCCAUUGGCAGACUACUUCUAG